AUGGCGAAACCUGGCUUGGGAAAGAAGAAGAAAGCGCCAUCUGUUCACUCGCGCGCUGCGAGACGAGCCACCUCGCCCAGCAUCAACACCGACAAGUCCCUGAAGAAUGUCCAGCCCCCUGCCGACUCGGUUAACCACCGCCCCUCGGUGCUUGCGAUCCACCAGGGAGCGGGCGUCUCGAAGAAGCAGAAGAAGGGCAGACAACUGACCUCGAAGGCUCUAAGAAGACAGGAGAAGGACCAGGAACGUGCUGCCGCCAUCCUGGAGAGAACACAGCAGAAAGUGGCCAAGAGCAAAGACCAGUCUCGAGUCAUACAGUCGAGGAGUAAGACGUGGGACGAAGUCAACCAGCAGAUACCGGCGGGCAAGAGUGAUCCCAAGCAAAAUACAGUUGGAGAGGAGGAAUGGGAGGAUCAGGGCGAAUCCGAGUUCGACGAGGAGAUGGGCGAGGCGGACGGCGGGAAGCCACAGGAAAAGACUGACGUUGCCGUGGCCACGUCUAUGGACGCGGAUGAUGAUGCGAUACUGUAA